AUGUUGGACGGCACAUCUCAGGUGUUUAUGGGGAAUUCCCAGCCGGGAAUCUCUCAAUCGCACCUUGUAUCGCCAUUCGAUCGCCAACCCCAUGCCUUCUGCGGCGAUCCGGAGGGAUGGGGCCCGAUGAGCUCGACCGGUUUCCACCUCACCCCAUGCUUUCAGGAUGUUCUUGUAGCGACGGUCGCUUCCUGGGGUGUCCUUGGUGGUGCCGGUGCCCUGUGGUAUCUGCUGAAGAAGCGCAUCCCGCAGCCAGUCUCCAAAAACUGGCAUUUCUACACCAAACUAGCCAUCGUUAUCUCGUUGAUCUUUGUCACAGCUCUCCAAACAGCUAUCCAAGCUGAAUCUCAUCCGUCGAAUUUCUGGGCCGAUUUCCGGUUUUGGUCCUCGCUCUUGACUCUGGCCUCACUUGGCGUGAUCUAUGCAGUGCAAUAUUUCGAACACUGGCGGAGCCGGCAACCAAAUGGCGUUGUCUUGUUUUACUGGCUCUUCUUCAUCAUCGUAUACGGUGUCAAGUUGCAAACUCUUGUCUCGCUGAAGAAAUACCUGACUAAUAUCCCAUAUUUCGUUUGCAUCAAUGUUAGCCUUGGAUUGGCGCUGGUGGAAUUCGUAUUGGAAUAUCUCGUCCCCAAGAAGCAGAGCGACUAUGAUGCCUUGGGCGAUGAGGACGAGUGCCCCUAUAACUAUGCGGAUAUAUUUUCGGUCCUUACCUUCGGCUGGAUGACCCCGAUGAUGAAGUUUGGGUAUACGAACUAUCUGACCCAAGAUGAUCUGUGGAAUCUUCGCCGCCGAGAUACCACUCGUGCCACUCUUGAUGAUCUGAGUGCUGCGUGGGACAUCGAGCUUGAGAAGAAAAAGCCAUCUCUUUGGAUCGCUCUUUUCAAAGCAUUUGGAGGCCCGUAUAUGCGCGGUGCACUCAUCAAGUCUGGCAGUGACAUGCUCGCCUUUGUACAGCCCCAGCUGCUGCGGUAUCUAAUCGCCUUCAUUAAUUCAUACAAUAGCCCCGACCCCCAACCCAUCAUUCGCGGUGUCGCAAUCGCCUUGGCCAUGUUCUUCGUCUCAAUCUGCCAGACAAGCUGUCUGCAUCAGUACUUCCAACGUGCCUUUGACAGUGGUAUGCGAGUCAAGUCGUCAUUGACCGCCUUGAUUUAUGGCAAGGCCUUGCGAUUGUCCAGUGAAGGCCGGGCACACAAGACAACCGGUGACAUUGUCAACCACAUGGCUGUUGAUCAACAGCGUCUUUCAGAUUUGACUCAGUUUGGUACUCAGCUGAUGUCUGCUCCUUUCCAAAUCACUCUGUGCAUGGUUUCUCUUUACCAGCUCGUUGGACCCAGCAUGUUCGCUGGUAUUGGUGUCAUGAUUCUGAUGAUCCCACUCAAUGGAAUCAUUGCGCGAAUGAUGAAAAAGCUGCAGAUCAUUCAGAUGAAGAACAAGGAUUCAAGAACUCGUCUGAUGACGGAGAUUCUGAACAACAUCAAAAGUAUCAAGCUCUAUGCCUGGAAUACGGCUUUCAUGAAUAAACUUAGCCACAUCCGAAACGAUUUGGAACUCAACACGCUGCGCAAGAUUGGUGCAACCCAGUCCGUUGCGAACUUCACCUGGCAGUCCACUCCCUUCCUGGUGUCUUGCUCUACAUUUACCGUGUUCGUUUUGACCAGUGACCGACCUUUGACCACUGAAAUCGUCUUUCCUGCGUUGACUCUCUUCAAUUUGCUCACCUUCCCACUCUCCAUUUUGCCCAUGGUAAUUACCUCCAUUAUCGAGUCCGCUGUCGCAGUGAACAGAUUGACGGAGUACUUCCUUGCCGAUGAGCUGCAGGGUGAUGCUGUUACCUUAGAAGACCCCGUGGAGCACGUCGGCGACGAAGCAGUCCGCCUUCGCGACGCUUCCUUCACCUGGAACCGUUAUUCAGGAGCCCCUGUUCUCGAGAAUAUUGAUUUAAGUGCUCGAAAGGGCGAGCUUAGCUGUAUUGUUGGCCGCGUGGGCGCGGGUAAAUCUUCUUUGCUGCAAUCAAUCCUGGGCGAGCUGUGGAAAAACAGUGGUGAAGUAGUCGUACGAGGUCGCGUUGCCUAUGUUGCACAGGCACCUUGGGUGAUGAAUGCAAGUGUCCGUGAGAAUAUUGUCUUUGGCCAUCGAUGGGACCCCUCAUUUUAUGAGUUGACCGUAGAGGCUUGCGCUCUUCUCGACGACUUCAAGACCUUGCCGGAUGGGGACCAGACCGAGGUCGGAGAACGUGGUAUCUCUCUUUCGGGAGGACAAAAGGCCCGUUUAACCCUCGCUCGAGCAGUUUAUGCCCGUGCAGAUAUUUAUCUUUUGGAUGAUGUUCUCUCUGCGGUUGACCAGCAUGUUGGCCGCCACAUCAUCAACAAGGUUCUUGGUCCCUCUGGUGUCCUGAGCACCAAAACUAGAAUUCUCGCUACCAAUGCCAUCACUGUGCUCAAGGAGGCGGACUACAUUGGCUUGUUGCGUGACAAGACGAUUAUCGAAUCCGGCACCUACCAGCAGCUCAUGGCUAUGAAGGGUGAAAUCGCGAAUCUGGUCAGCACCAAUCUAGUGGAAUCGGAUGACGAGAGGUCCGGCGCUACAUCUGACGACGAUAACGCAAGCCAUGAAAGCUCCGACAACACUGCUGUCUUUGAGGAUGAGAAUGAAUCGGACAGCGAGGGAUUAGAACAGCCUGGGUCCCUUGUUCCGAUCAAGCGAUCAAGUGGCCCUGGAAGGAAGAGCAGUUAUGCCACUUUGCGCCGAGCUAGCACUGUCAGCUGGCAAGGCCCAAGACGCAAAUUGGGCGACGAGGAAAACGUUCUCAAGAGUAAACAAACUCAAGAAACCUCUCAGCAGGGUAAGGUGAAAUGGGGUGUCUACGGUGAAUAUGCCAAGAACAGCAACAUCAUUGCAGUUGCUUUCUAUUUAACUGCUCUUCUGGCUUCUCAAACUGCACAGGUGCUCGGCAACUUCUGGCUGAAAAGCUGGACUGAAAUCAAUGAAAAGCACGGCGGCAAUGAGAAGACGGGUCUUUUCAUUGGUGUUUACCUGGCUUUUGGUCUAGGCUCGUCUCUUUUGGUCAUUGUCCAGAACUUGAUUCUGUGGAUCUUCUGCUCAAUUGAAGCCUCUCGCAAACUGCAUGAACGCAUGGCAUUUGCCAUCUUCCGCUCUCCCAUGAGCUUUUUUGAGACCACACCUUCUGGCCGGAUCCUGAACAGAUUCUCUAGUGAUAUCUAUCGUGUUGAUGAAGUUCUUGCCCGCACCUUCAACAUGCUCUUUGCCAAUUCAGCCCGUGCAAUGUUCACUCUAAUCGUCAUUGCAAGCUCGACCCCUGCAUUCUUGGUAUUUGUUCUGCCUCUGGGUUACGUCUACUUGAGCUACCAGAAGUAUUACCUGAGGACUUCUCGCGAGUUGAAGCGUUUGGACAGUGUCACCCGUAGCCCGAUCUUCGCCCAAUUUCAAGAGUCUCUGGGUGGCAUCACUACCAUUCGCGCCUAUCGACAAGAGAACCGAUUUGCGAUGGAGAAUGAAUGGCGCAUGGAUGCUAAUCUCCGUGCUUACUUCCCGUCUAUCAGUUCCAACCGCUGGCUUGCAGUCCGUCUCGAAUUCAUUGGAUCCAUUAUUAUCCUGGCAUCUGCCGGACUUGCAAUUAUUUCAGUAGCUUCUGGAAGUCAACUGUCCGCAGGCAUGGUCGGUUUGGCUAUGUCUUACGCUCUUCAAAUCACUCAGUCCUUGAACUGGAUUGUUCGACAGACUGUCGAAGUUGAGACUAACAUCGUCUCCGUUGAGCGUGUUCUCGAGUAUGCCAAUCUGCCUAGUGAGGCACCGGAGGUGAUGUUCAAGAGUCGACCUGCUAUUGGCUGGCCUGCUCAGGGUGCGGUUUCUUUCAAAGACUACAGCACCCGAUACCGCGAAGGCCUUGAUCUGGUGCUCAAAAACAUCAGUCUUGAUAUUAAGCCUCGCGAGAAGAUUGGUGUUGUUGGCCGUACCGGUGCCGGAAAGAGUUCUCUAACGUUGGCUCUCUUCCGAAUUAUUGAGCCUACCAGUGGUGACAUCAGCAUUGAUGGACUUGAUGUGUCUAAGAUUGGUUUGUUCGACCUUCGUGGCCGCCUUGCUAUCAUUCCCCAGGAUCCUGCUAUGUUUGAGGGAACCCUGCGUGACAAUUUGGAUCCUCGUCAUGUUCACGAUGAUACUGCUCUAUGGAGUGUGCUAGACCAUGCCAGAUUGAAGGAUCACGUCGCUCAGAUGGACGGCCAGCUUGAUGCUGGAAUUCAAGAAGGAGGAUCAAACCUGAGCCAGGGUCAACGCCAGCUAGUCUCGCUCGCUCGCGCUCUAUUGACACCCAGCAACAUCCUUGUCUUGGACGAGGCAACCGCCGCUGUUGAUGUGGAGACAGAUGCACUGCUCCAGCGCACACUGCGCAGCAGCAUAUUCUCAGAUCGCACCAUCAUCACCAUCGCGCAUCGCAUCAACACAAUCAUUGACUCCGACCGAAUCGUCGUCUUGGAUAAGGGUCGAGUGGCGGAAUUUGAUACCCCGGCAGAGCUAAUCAGGCGAGGCGGCAAAUUUUACGAGCUUGCCAAGGAAGCCGGUCUACUGGACGGCGACGGUCUCGCCAUCUCGCAAAUAGCGUAA